AUGUCAUUAGAUCCAUCCGAAACAAUUAAAACUCUGGGACUUUUUUGGAACCCACGCAAAGAUUCAAUUUUGUAUACAGUCAACCUGACUGAACCAUCAAAUCGAGUGUCUAAGCGCUCCAUUUUUUCACAAAUCGCUAAACUUUUUGAUCCAUUAGGGUUGUUAGGUCCAGUAAUUGUAACAGCAAAGAUUUUUAUCCAAAGUCUUUGGAAAACUCAGCUUUCAUGGGACGACGAGGUUCCUCCGAAUUUACACAAGACAUCGCUUGAAUAUAGAAAUCAACUGCCUCUUUUAAAUCACAUCCAAUUGAACAGAUGCAUUAGUGUCAAAAAUUGUGUCGAACUUCAAAUUCAUGGCUUUGGUGAUGCCAGCGAAAAGGCAUACGGAGCUUGUUUAUAUCUCCGCUCCACUGAUAAUCAGGGAAAAUAUCACGUGUCGCUGAUUUGUUCAAAAUCUAGAGUCGCGCCAAUGAAACAAAUAACAAUUCCCAAACUAGAAUUAUGCGCCGCUUUUUUGCUAGCAAAUCUUUUUACAAGUACCUGUAAAUCGUUGAAAUUAAAAGUAAAUAAGAUUCAAUUGUGGUCCGAUUCAACCAUUGCACUGCAUUGGAUAAACAGUCCGUCUUACACUUUGAACACAUUUGUGGCCAAUCGCGUUUCAGAAAUUCAGACAUUCACCGAUCCACAUGAUUGGAGACAUGCUCCCACACAUGAGAAUCCAGCAGACCUUAUUUCAAGAGGUCAAUCUCCACAUGAAUUUUUAGUAAACAAAUUUUGGCAACAUGGCCCUCAAUGGCUCUGUCAAGAUUAUGACACUUGGCCUCAAGUGCAGUUUCAUCAAGGCGACGAUCCUGAGAAACGCAAAGAUCCCAAGAUUAUUUCUUGCAAAAUCACAAGCUCUGAUUGGAAUAUUUUAGAAAAAUAUUCAUCCAUCAGAACUCUAAAUAGGGUAUUAGCGUAUUGCCUUCGAUUUAUACGCAAUGCGAAAAAUAAAGAUAAAAUUUCUGGUCCAUUAUCCGAAGCUGAGCUUGAUGCCUCACAUCUUUCGAUUCUGAAACUUACACAGUCGGCGGCAUUUUCAAAAGAAAUACGGUCUCUUUCACAGGGUAAAAACAUUGGUUCAGACAGUAAACUGCUUUCUUUGAACCCCUUUCUGGAUAAAGGAAUUCUCAAGGUAGGUGGUCGUCUCGAAAAUACUAAAAUUCCAGAGAAUCAAAAACAUCUCAUUUUAUUACGAUGA